AUGUAAUCAGAACUUGAGACUUAGGCAGUGAUAGGAUUCACAGGUAUGUAUACUUCAUAUAUUCAAAGGGGAAAAUAACUCUAGUGUUAGUUUUUGAAUCCAACAAUCAGGUAUGAUAUAACAUAGACAAUAAAGAUUUUUAAGAGGACACAACAAUUAGAUCUCUAACUGAAGAUGAUUUAGCACCUUUGGUAGAAAACUUAUAUGGGGUUCUAAGCUGAUAUAAUAAUUUGGGAUUUCAAGGAGAGAAACAUUACUUAUAGGUUGAAAUUACAUAAAGUGUUGAUCUUAUCUCUCAGUUUCUCACAUAAUGAAUUAUACUUGGCAUCAUUGGGAGGGAUUGAUGAUAAACAUGUAGAUAAUUUGAGAUAUUAAAGUAGGGAAGGCAUUGUAUGGAACUCGAAAUCGAGACCAGUUAAUUAAGUCUAAUUUAACAACUAAUCAGAUGAAAAGGAUUUUAGUUUUAAACAAUUGACAAAUAAAAUAAGAAGUAUGAUGUAUACUUAUAUAUAUAUAUUCAAUCUGUUGAUGUAUGUUUUGGGAAUGUCAAAUGAACCUUUAUUUGUGUUGCAAUCGAUAGAAAUUAUUGCUAUAAUUGAACAAAGACUGUCUAUUUAUAAAAUAUUAGCUCCAGUCAAGAAGCUAUUUUCAUAUGGAGUUAACUGUUUUGGAUUAUUAGAAAACAGAGAAAUCAAUGUGGAAGCAGUAGAUGGUAUGAUUGCAAAAUUUUCUUUCAAACAAUAUAGAUUGGUAGCAAUCAGUGAAUUACUUGGAGGUGUGACAUCAUUUCGUUUACAAAUGUUAGACUCAUUUUUUCGCAGGAACAAUUCAAAAAUAUAUUUAUUGAAAAUACUUGUCACAAUGAAAGAACUAAUGAUUUAGGCUUUCCUCACAAUUAUUUUGAUGUAUUUGCUACCAAACGCUAAAAACAGAUAAAAAUUCCUAAGAAUAUAAGUUUCAAAUCUUGAAUAUUGGACAGUUGCCUUUAUGAAUGAUGGUAAAAGCAUUGUAAGUGGUUGGAGUGAUAGAAAAAUUAGAGUUUUCAUACCAUAGUCAGGUAGAUUACUCAAUUUAAUUAAUGAUACACAUAUCCAUGGAUGCACAACAUUGAAUUGUACUUUGGAUUGCUAAAGGAUUAUUUCAGAAGGAUAAGUUAAAGUAUGGGAAAUUGAAUAGACCAUAGAAAUUUUUCCAAGAAAAACAACACGCUUGCGAUUUCAUAAAACUCAGUUCACAAAUAUGGAGAGGACUUAUAUAUCAUUUUUAAUGGUUUUAUGA